CUCUCAUGGGCGACAGAAUGUCAGGACAGGACACAGCUGAUUCACCCGCCGACCAGGCUCGCCGUUGGCUGCUGGAACGUCGACGAACAGGGGAAUCGUCCGAACAAUAAACGCGGAAGCUCCUCCGGCCAAGCUGGGGCGAUUCCUGAUACGCUCGACGUCCUCACUUGUGCAGCUGAGGAGGAAGUCAGAUUGAAGAUUGUCAUCCGAGAGGCCAGCCGUGGAGCUAUCCGUCGCCACGUUCGCGAUAGAUCUGCAGCCACACAAAGCAGUGCACAAAUCCGUACGGUGAGUAACAAUCGCUCUGUUCGUCGUGUGUUGAUCUCAUUACUUGAGAUCAAAGUCAACGCCAGCUUCGAGUGGCGGGUCAUCGGCCGUCACAUUUAUGGGAGUGGUGGGGCGACACUGAAUCUGAACGCCAAGAGGGACGCCUGACGAAUUCGAUACCCAGGACACAGCGUAACGACACGAGCCAAUGCCCCUCUGUCUGCUCAUUACCUUCUUGUCGAUUGUCGCAUACUGUGGGCAAGACAGCAUACAGGAUUGUAUCGUACUGCUGGCCAGGUAGGCCGUUGUCCAACUCAGUCAUCCCAUGGCUAGCAGUAACAGCAAUAUUCGUCGAAGUGAAGUCUUGUUGCACCAACAGGCGCGGGACGCACGGGAAGCGGGGGGUUCUCCCGCCACGGCGGUAAGUGAGUCGAGUCGAGGGUGAGAAGCACCGGUCGUCCGUUUCAUCUGUUGGGGCGCUGAGGAUGGUGUAGUCCAUCUGGUUGAGCGAGAAGCUGGACAGACACAUGACAGAGAACAACACAGUCACCUCACUCAGCCAACAUGCCAUGCCAUCCAAUUCACCUGGACGUCAGCAGCAGCUCUGGGACGGACGCUUGACUCCUGGUCUUGCUUUGCUGCAGGUCCUCGAUGACAGGGAGAAAGGGCAGAUUGAGCGGCUCGCCAGUCUGUUGCGGGAUUGCCCUGCCGGAUGGGUCGAUCGCGAGACCUGCAUGAUACGCAACGACGGCAUCACGGGGAUCGUCGUGCUUGAUCAGUUUGCCUCACCACCGACAAGAGUGCCUGCGAAUACCACACAUCCAUGAAGCUCCUCCCGCCUUCCCCUGCCUCAUUUAUGUAUCUUUUCGGCGCGCACCUUCGACGAACAUGAGCGUGUCGUUGCAAACCUCCACCGGCUCUCCGUCAACCAAGGUCAGCACCUGGCGCACCGUACCCUUGAUAUCGACAUUUGCGAAGGCUAUCUGAGCCUGGUCAUAGGCAUCCACCGUAAAGGGCUGCAGUCUCCCAUCCAGCGCAGCCACGUCGUAUCUGAUAGUCGCCUGCAUGUCCUCACAGCUGAAAAAGAGAUUUUCCUCUGUUCUGCUGUCUUCCCCUAUGCCUGUCUCCCGGUUGAUCAGUCUCAGACAAUAGUCGGUCCCGGUUGAUCUCUCUUCGAUGCGAUCGACCAUGCGAUAGCUGGACGGCUGAGUCGACGUGGGGGCGGCCAGGAUCGCAUCAGGACACGCAUCAACUGAGACGCAGAGAGAAAAGAAGAAGGACCAGUGAGAUGGGGAUGUCCAAGUGAAUGUCUUGGUGUGACUCACAGCAUUCGUAACCGAUGAAACACGUAUCAUUCCAUAUGUUCCCAUCCUCUUGCAACACGUCGACAAAUGCCGUGAUGCUUUGUUUGCCAGGCUCGUUGGUGGGAGGGCAUGUGUGCUCCUCCAGCUGGCUGAUCGUCCUGUUCCUAGCAUUCGCCGCAAUCAACGACUCCUCACCGGUGACAUUGACGUUCACCAAGGUGUCACCCCCCAGCGUGCCGACAUCCGGACCGAGUGAGACAGCCACGAUGUCGCCCACUGUGAGAUUCCUGGGAAGCGUAAAAGGCUCCUCAAAACCGACUGGAAGGUUCUGGAUGCGCGGACCGCGGCAGUUGGUCAGCACUUUGGCACAAACCCACAAACACAGAGCAGACACAUGUGAUUCGUCUUUAAGUUUCGAUGCCCGUGUCAGCCUCGCACCUUCUGUUCCGUCCGUCAAAGGUCCCUCGGUCAAAGCUCCCAGCUGCCCUUUCAAAACCAGACCCAGUUCCAUUCCAGUGCCACCAUCAAAAAGGCCAAAUGUUGGCGACAGCAUCUCGGCAGCAUUCACACAAAACAGCGACACCGCGAGCCGACGGUCGCAGGGAUCCACGAAUUCCUCGGCAUCAGUGUCAUUGAGGCACGAAAUGUCGAGGCUCUGAGCUUGCACGAAAUAUGAGUCCAUGAUGCGGUCGCUGCCGAAGGAGAGGCGCGGGCCCUCUUCCGGCCUGAACACUGGGAAGAAUAUCGAUGGGAGGGCUUGACCGAGGAGGGUCCGACCGGGGUCGGGGCCCAGAAAGAUGCCCCUCUCUCUCUCUCUCGACGCCACGCCGGUAGAACGAGGCCUUGUCGAUGUACGCUGACUUUCUUUUGAGCUUCGACAGGCCUCGCUGCAGUUCCGGAACACAUCUUGCUUCGAUUCUGCGUCCAGAGAAAGCUCAAGCGGAUUCUGAAACAGAAAGACGCACCACGGACCAAGGCAAGCGAGAGCAAUACGACCAAGGGGCCCCACUGCCUUUGCUGACUUACCACCGAGACAGGGAGGCCGGUCGUUGCGUCGGUUCUAUAUCCGCCUGCUGCCAAGGCAAUCACGCCUCCCGCAUCGGUGUCGCCUGACGUUACGGUGAAAACCCGUUGCUUGACAGGAAGGUCGCAGCCCUCCGGUGCCUCAUCUGGAAACGCCAGCAGACCGAGACUGAAGUCACGGGCGGGGCUGAGGAUCCCCAUCACCCGUGCAGUGAUGAGGUCGCUCUGCUCGUCGUCCCCAAUGACCAGAAUGCGCUGGUCCUCUUCGUAAUUGACCUGUUCCGCUCGCAACGACACCGCCUCAUCGACGAAGCCAGUGGCAGUGAUCUCGAUCUGCGCCUCAACCCCUACGCAGGCUGGGUUGCUGGCGUCUUCCACUCGCAUCACGCCUUGGAUGGUGGCGAGGGCGGGCUCGAACGCCUGCCCCUCGCGUUGGGAGCAGAGGCCGGUCUCGGGGCAGUCGAACUGGAGAGUGACGCUGACGCCCUCUGUCGUGUUGCACGACAGGUCGAGGAAGAAGUCAUCGAGCCCACUAUCAUCGUCAGGCUUGCCCUGAAUUCUCAUGCAGCUCGACACAUUGGUGCCCGUGUUGUUGAUGGUGUCGAGGUAGGCGUCAGAGCUCACGUCUUCGAACAGGUAAGUGCCGGGCACCAGCUGGGCGAACGUCGAUUCUUCAAGCUGUGGAACUGGGGGCGGGGCGUUUGGCUUGAAGCUCUGCUCUCGUGGGUCGGGCCCCUCCUCUCCCCUUCUCUCGACGACGGGCAGGCUGCCCGCACAGUCAAAGGGCACAGCGAAGCGGUUGACGGCAUUGAAGCACGGAUCCAGCUCGGCCGGGAAACACAGAGACGAUGGCUGGCCGCUGGCGACGCCCAGCACGAGGCUGACAUCGCCGCGCGAGAAGUUGGCCACUUCACCGAACAGACCAAUGCUCUCCUCGAUGCAGUAGCAGAAGCGAGAGUCGCUCGUGCGGGCACAGAUGGGCUUGUCCGACGGGCAGCUGACAGACAGGCACACACGAACACAUAUCUCCCAAGAGGCUGUGGCCACCUGUGCGCACACCUGCCGAGUGCCGCCGUGGAGGUCACGCCACUGAGCUCCCCACAGAGGAUGCUCUGCCUGUCUCCCGAUGCACUCACGUCGCCGGCGGUCUCCUCGUCGGUGGUCAGGGCAUCUGUCUGCUGCCUCUUGAGCUCUUCCUGGGCGUUAUCUUCAUAGAAGCACUGGCCGAAGUUGCCCAGGUCGGGGUCGUCGAGGAUGGGCAGCAGCGCAUUGGCCUCACAACUCGAGAAGAUCUCACCGUCAGGGAACACGACUGAAUAGAAACGACAAAAGACACCAAGCGUAUUGGGCGACCCCCUGUUGUGCUCGAGGCUUACUUGGCUGGCAGUCUGCGUUCGUUUCGGUCGGCUGUCCGUCGUCGUCUGUUCUGUUGUUGUUGCUCAGACAGGCCGUCGUGAACUGGGCCACAGCACCCCUCCUCUCCCACUGACUCAGCAGAAUGGAAAGCAACGCCGUUACAAGACGGAGGGCCCACCGCAUAGAACUUCGAAAGGACGAUUGAACAAAGGAGUCGAUAACAGCAGGAGAACAUGCCGG